AAAUAGCUUAAAGAAACCGCUUUUUCUCCCAGCUGACAUUGCGUUUGCUAACUGUAAAUCCGCGCUGCUUGAAUUGUUAAAUUUACUGAAUUUGUUACAAUGACUUCGUUCAACACUGCUGCUGUGUCUAUGAAUUUAGAUGAAUAUUACGACCAUUUUGUGGUUCCCAAGCCGGAAAUUCCCAAACCCUAUCCGGGCUUUUCUGGGCAAACAAAAAAACGACAGGCAGCUCAUUUGCAAUCCUAUAAGGAUAAUGACGCAGCAGACGAUGAACACGAUGGUGAUGACGACGAAUUGGAAUUAGAGCAGACCAUAUCGAUCGAUGAUGAGUUUGAUUCGUCAAUUCAGGACUCGACUAAUAAUCAAAUUGACUACGAGACCAAUGAGUUUAAUCAAUUGUACGAAGACGACAAUAGCCAAAAGAAAACUGAGCAAAGUAUCACUCCAGAAACGUCUGAAACAUCUGUUGGAUCUGGUCAGCAGCGAAGCCAAGCCACCAAUAAUAUGAACAGACCGCCUGGUGCGGCUUCUAUAGAUCUCAACGAUACAGAUGGAAGCGGAAAUCUUCGUGCUAACCAACGAAAAAGAAAACGAUUUGUGCCUUUUAACAAUAAUAAUCGCAACAGGAUUCCUGUUCAACAGCGAUUGGGACCCACAAAUCAACGCGAACAGUUCCUAAUGCGCAACGGAUCGAAUACAUUAUUGAACAAUCACAAUAUUGGCAAUUACAAUGGAGGCCCUUCAAAUGCAUUUAACCAUAACAACAACUAUAAUAAUAAUAAUGCCAACUUUAAUAUAAAUAGUGGCAAUUAUAAUAAUAAUAACAAUGCGAACUAUAAUCCAAACAUGUUCAAUAGCAACAUGAAUAAUUCAAACUAUAAUAAUGGAUAUAAUCCGCAACAACAGAUGUCAAUUAAUUCGAGCAAUGAAUUUCAGAAUUCACUGCGAGCUUCUAGAGAGAUGCCAAAUUUGGUGCGUUUCAACCAUGUUAAUGAUAAUCAGUUUUAUAGUUCAUUGAUUAUUGAACGCAACUUUGAAAAUUCGAAUUUGUUGACUUCGUUGAUAAAUCCAGCCAAUCAAAUUUCCAAUAAUAAUAUGCAAAAUCGCUUGGGCCCUCAAUAUCAAGCUCGUCCAGCGAAUGAUUUUGCUUUGGGUAAUAUUCGUGAGCAAACUAAUGGCAAUACCCAAACCAGAAUCGUACCUAAUAAUUCUUUGCGCUUAGCCGACUUGGUAAAUAUGGACAGAAACACCUUUGCAAACAUGACAGUGGCCAAAAAUGCAAUCAUGUUGCUAAGAACCACGGAACAACAUUCAGCAGACAAGCUCAUAAAUAAAGAUAAAUAAUGGAUCAUCAAGACAAUGACGUUAACAAAAAUUCGAAAAGGGCCAACUAUUAUUAAGUUUAAGUUAUAACGAUCAAAGUGUUUUUUUUUUAUCAGAUAUGGCCACACUUAAGCCAUGUGAAUAAUCGUAGAACAAGAAGCAGCAGCAGAUGCCGGUUCAAUCGCUGUGAACAGCAGCACACAUACACUGAAAAUUCUAAAGAGAAGUAUUUGUGUUUUUGUUUUAAUUUUUAUUAUUUUUGGCUGAUAAGAAAAGGCCGUGCCGCUUAUCAGCAAUGCACAACAAGAAAGAACGAACACUGACAGAAAGAGAUAGAUAGAUGGAUGUGGUGAAGCGAAAGCGAACGAAAAUAGAAACAAACGACGAUAAAUGACGACUAAAAGCAAACUUUUUCGUACCCGAGAAUUAAAUGUGACGGCGAAACCUAAAAUACGAAAUAACAAUCAAUCAGUUAAUCUAAUUAAGCCUAAGAACGUGGACGUUAUAUUACCAAACAAAAAAAUGUUUAAUGCCAACGGAUAAUAUUUGCAGUUUUGUGUGUUGUGGUGUGGAUAAAUUGAUGGCAGUCUAAUCAACAAUUUAAAUGUACAUUUAAAUCGAAUGUAUGAAAACAAAACA